GACAUCUCUUCCCUUCCCUACCAACCAUCCCCCAUCACCCCCCAUCAUCAUCAUCGCCAUCCAUCGUUCGUCGUCGUUCUUCUUCACGCUAGCACAACAUGACGGACGGGAUGUGGAUCUUGGAGAAACCGAAAGGUCUCAGUUGAUCGGCACAAACUAAAAUGACGCGCGGGGAAGUGGCCCAAGCUCCCUUUUCAGCUGCCUUUGUGCUUUGCGCCCGUGCCACAUCGGAUGCCACAGCGGAACCCCAAAUGCCCCAAAAAUCCCGACUCCCAGCCACCUCGAAUUUGAGAUGCCAAAGAAUUGCCCUCACCCUCACCCCAUGUGGUUUCAUGUCAUGUUUUUAGCCGUUGCAUCGUUUUGAUCUUGCUCUUGAUCUUUCCAUGUGAAUAUCUUGUUUCUCCCAGCUUUGCUUUGUUGAUGAUAGGUACUUUGACACCGCCAGCAUGGAGAGACCCGAUAAGCCACUGACUCCGCCCGACGACCGGGACAGGAAGCGUGGUCGAGGCGACAGGGACCGAGGUGACAGAGACCGUGGCGACAGAGACCGUGUUGACAGGGACCGCGUUGACAGAGACCAUGGUGACAGAGAUCGCGGUGAUAGAGAUCGCGGCGACAGAGACCGUGGCGAUGACAAAGCCCGCGGUGAUGACAGAGCCCCAACUGGAGAAGCAGCUUCCUACUUUACCGCCGCUGCUCCCAUAACCGGACCCAACGGCUCGAUUGACCCCUAUCCCAUCGUCACCGACAGCUACCGUCCUCCGCAAGGUCCAGACUCGUCCUAUCCACCACGCCAUGACUAUGGCCGUCCACCUCCUGGCUCAGGCUACCCUCUCCCUUCCCACAGCACCGGUAUCUCGCCCAACUACCCCCCAGUGUCGGGUGCCAACGGCGCCUCUGCAUUCUACUAUGGGACAGGCGUUGAAUCGAUGCCCGGUCCAGCGGCUACUUCAGGUGUUGGGAUGAGCUACAUUCCCCCUGCGCCUCUGUCCGGUCCUCCUCACCAUGGGGCACUACCAAUCCACUCGACAACACCGCUACCUCUCGCGGUGCAGUCGUCCUACUACAAGCCCACCCUCAAAUCUGUGCGCCAGAAAGCUGAGAAGGAAGUUAUUGAACUCGCCAACCUACAACGCCAGAGGAAGAUGAUCGCAUCCAAGGGUACCAGAAGAGAUUACGAUGAGAUUUCGGACAAGAUCAGAGCCCAGACAGCCACGGUCCUCGGUUAUCUCAAGGGCCUGAGACAAGAGAUGAUUCAAAUUGUGGAAGACGCCGAGGACCAGAGGUGGAGAAGGUGGAUCGUUGGCACUAUAUUUGGCACUUUUAUCCCUCUUGUCAAGAAGCUCUUCCGCAGACCUUCAAGCGAGAAAAAGACCAAAACCAGGACGGAGUAUGCCUUCAUUAAGUCCAAGAGUCUACUCGGUCGCAUUCUUGCCGCAACCAAAGGUCACAGGCCCGGUCUGACGACUGUCACCUUUUUUGUUUUUGCCGUUUUGUACAUCUUUUCAAAUGAGGUGUCGCUGAGAGUGGCCAAGACGGCCUCCAAGCGGUUGAAGAAGCUGGUGAACAAGGUGGAGAGUACCAGUAAUGGCAGGGACGGUGAUGUCCUCAAGGAUGACGACAUCAAGUUGCUGAGCGGGUGGAGGUGGAGAGUGUUGGAGUUUAUUGAUUGAACAUGGGGGUGUGGUCUGUGUGGCUAUGGAGAAUGUGAAAUGAGGAAUGACGAGAUGACGGUGAUGAGUAACGAUAUGAUUUUGUCUUUUUGUCUUGUCUGUGUUUACUCAGAAAGCAGGCGAGGUGUUGGAGGAUGAAUGCAUAAUAUGUUUUAUAUUGUGGCCUGUUAAUGUAUUUCACUGUUAAGGUUUUUGCCUCGAAAAGAUGGUAUUUAGAGUGUCGUUGAUG